AUGGACUUCCCUGGCUGUCUUAAUGAUGAAGCACUCGAGCCGACCGUUGUCGGCUGCCGUGGCGAUUUCGACUUUACCAUCAAAUUUGAGAAGAUUUUCUUCUCAUUGAUACCAUCCACAUUGUUCAUCGUUGCGUGCGCUCCACGUCUCGCCUUGCUCUGGCAUCGGAAGGCCCUGGUGGGCGGCAAGCUACUCUGCUGCGUGAAACUGGCCACACUUAGUUUGCUCUCCGCGCUGCAAUUGACACUUCUGGUCUUGAGCAUCGUCAACGCCGGGGCAUACAAAUCAUACUUCGUCUCCGCAUCAGCUCUAGCUCUAGUAUCGGGCCUGGGUUUGAUCAUCCUAUCGCUACUGGAGCAUGCGAGAUCGCCAAGGCCAUCGAUAUUGAUUAGCUUCUACCUCGCUCUGACACUACUCCUCGAUGUUGCGCAGACUCGCACCUUGUGGUUGGCCUCGAGAAACCAGACAGAAGCCACGUUUUGCAGGGUGUACACAUCCGCCUUGGCUCUCAAAGGAAUCUCUCUGCUCCUGGAGUCACAGAACAAGACACGAUGGAUAGCUUGGGAUACGAAAGAGCACAGCCCGGAAGAGACAAGUGGACUGUUUGGAUUAGGCGCGUUCAUCUGGCUGAAUCGCCUCUUCUUGUCUGGGUAUGCCAAGGUCUUGAAAGUUGGCGACCUCUACCCGCUGGAUCCGGCUAUGUGUGCCGGGACUUUGGAUCAGAGACUGGCACGCCACUGGCAGAAUUCCGAAUCUGCGAGCCGGUCGAAGUAUGGCCUUGCUCGUGCGUUGAUGAAGGCCCUCGCGGUCCCGAUCUUGUUGCCAGUCGUACCACGAGCAGCUAUGGCUGCAUUCCAAUUCUGCCAGUCGUUCCUAAUCAACGCUCUUCUCAACUACCUGGAAGAGCCAAAACCGUCCAAGAAUGUUGGGUACGGCCUGAUCGGAGCAACAAUACUCAUCUAUCUAGGCAUUGCUGUAACAUUCGCGCUCUAUUGGUACUACCAGGAGCGCGCAAUAUACAUGGCCCGAGGAGCGCUGGUUGGUGCAAUCUACAAGAAGACCACCGAGGUCGGUCUACCUGCAGCUGAUAAUUCUGCGCUCACACUGAUGAGUGGUGACAUCGAGCGCAUAAUCGCCGGAUUUCUCAACAUCCACGAGCUCUGGGCCAACACAGCACAGGUUGCCAUUGCCUGCUGGCUCCUUUCGCAGCAGAUCGGCCUGGCCUUCCUCGCCCCUUUGAUCGUGGUUGGCGUCUUCGCCGUGUGCUCCACCAUCCUAGCGAGAUUGACCGGGCCACGUCAAAAAGUCUGGAUGGAGGAGAUCCAGAAGCGAGUCGGGCUCACUUCCACUGUGGUCGGGCAGAUGAAGAACCUGAAGAUGUCAGGCCUGGCUGCCCCGGUCGGCAAAUUGAUCCAGCAGAUGCGUAUUGACGAGCUGAGAGCCGGGGCACGAUUCCGGAUGAUCUUGUCCUUCACCGCAACCCUCGGCGUCACACCGCUCUCCAUCUCGCCGGUGAUGGCGUUUGCAUUCGCGUCCCGCACCCUUGGCGUUACGACUAUUUUCACUUCGAUGUCCUAUAUUGUCCUACUGGCAACACCUCUGUCUGUGCUCUUCCAGUCAAUACCCACUCUGAUGGCAGCGUUGACAUGUCUCGACCGGAUCCAGGUGUUCUUGGAGAGCGAUGCGCGUCGAGACUUCAGGGUCGCGACAUCUUCUCCGAAACGGGAUGGGACAAGCACAGGGGAGAGUCCCACGGGAAAUAGCAAGGGUAAAUCUACUGCGCAACCCACGUACGCAAUCGAGAUAUCAGGAGGAUCUUUUGCCUGGAAGCCAGACCGGCAGGUGCUCAGUAGCAUCGACCUCAAGAUUCCUUCCGCAGCUCUGACUAUCAUCAUUGGUCCGGUUGCUUCUGGCAAGUCAACGCUAUGCAAGGCUCUCCUUGGUGAGACUUCCGUGGCCCAUGGAACAACACGAACCGGUUUCUCUCCCGGUUUGACACGAGUCGGAUAUUGUGACCAGGCACCGUACCUGUCCACCGCUACCAUCAGAGAGAACAUUGUCGGAUUCUCAGAGUUUGAGAAGGACAGAUACGACGAGGCUGUCGAGGCCGCAAUGCUGCGUCAUGAUUUGGAUGUCCUGCUCCCUGAAGGAAAUCACACCCAGAUCGGCACUGACGGCAUCACUUUGAGUGGCGGCCAGAAACAGAGGGUCUGCCUCGCGAGAGCACCGUACCAUGACACUCAUGUCGUGAUCUGCGAUGAUGUUCUCAGGGGGCUCGAUGCUGAUAUGGAGGACAACGUCUUCCGAAAGGUGUUCUCUACUAACGGGGUACUCCGCCGCCGGAAGGCAACGGUGAUUUUGUCUACACACUCUGUGAGGUACUUGCCAUUUGCAGAUCACAUAAUCGCCUUGAAUGAGAACGGGACAAUCUCGGAGAAGGGGACGUUUCAAGAGCUGGUGGCAAACCGGGGCUAUGUCUAUGGCCUUAAUGUCGAACACAGAACCGAUCAGCAUUCCGUGGACGGGGAAAGCCUCCCAACAGAUGCGACGAAACCCGCGGAGAAGUUGAAUACCGCCGCAGCGAUCGCUCAUAAAGACGCAAAUAUGUCAGAAGAUGAGCAUAGCCGUAUGUUUGGCGACGUGCAGGUCUACAAGCAUUAUUUCGCGCGAAUCGGCAUCUCGUCCCAACUGGCCUUUCUUGUCUCUGCCGUAGCUUGGGGGUUCUUCUACAGUUUCCCAACUGUCUGGCUCACUUUGUGGUCUGACGACAUUACGUCUGCCCAUCCUGACCACUCAAAUUCCUUCUUCCUCGGCCUCUACGCCCUGUUCCAAAUCUGCACGCCAAUAUCACUGUUAUUCAUGAGCCUGAUCUGCUUCAGAACAAUGGUACACCAGUCUGGCUCUAGAAUUCACCAGGAUGCAUUGAAUACAGUCAUCUCAGCACCUCUGCGGUUCUUCUCGAGGACGGACACGGGCACCAUUACGAACUUUUUCUCCUAG